CUAGACGCCUGCCCAGGCACCCGAUCCAGGGCGAAGCGGGACGCGGAACCGCGACCGGCGUUGAGCGCUGUCGCGCGACCGUCGCACGCCAAAAAUGGACGAGGACCUGGAGGACGACGAGCGGCGCGGCUGCCUCGGGCGCGUGGCGCCGCUGCUGCUGUGCCGCUGCCUCUGCCGCGCGCGGCGGCGGCCCGUCGGCCAGGCGUCGCCGCCGCCGCGCGCGGGCGACGCCUACGGCGACGACGGCACGACGCAGAACCCGAUGGCGAACGACGGCCUCAUCGCGCGGCCGUCGGUCGAGAUCGUCGAGCAGCCGCGGCGGCCGUUCGAGCAGGACGAGGCCGCGGAGACGGCGCCGCUCGCCGCGCCGCCGCCCGCGCCGCCCGCGCCGCCGCCCGCGUCGCCGCCGUCGCCGCCGCCACCGCCGGGCGACGAGGAGGCCGAGCCCGCCGAGGACUACGCGCCGGGCGGCUACCACCCCGUGGCGCUCGGCGACGUCUACGACGAGCGCUACGAGGUCCAGCACAAGCUGGGCUGGGGCGUCUACAGCACGGUCUGGUGCUGCCGCGACCGGCGCUCGCGGCGGCGCGUCGCGCUCAAGAUCCAGAAGGCCGCGCCCGAGUGCACGGCCGUGCAUCAAUCAAAUGCUCGCGGCCCCGUCCUCGCGGAGAAGGGACUUGGUGAAGAAGCGUCGGGUGCGCCCGACUCACUGCUUGACUCGCGCACAGGUACACGGCGAGCGCCGUCACGGAGAUCGAGAUCCUGACGCACAUCCGACGGCGCGCCCGCGAGGCGCGGCGCGCGUCGCACGUCGUCGAGCUGCUCGAGCACUUCUACGUCGCGGGGCCGCACGGGAACCACGUGUGCAUGGUCUUCGAGCUGCUGGGGCGCACGCUCCUCCACGAGAUCCAGGACCGCGGCGCGCUCGAGGUGUCCGAGACGAAGCGGUGCGCGGCGUGCCUCCUCGAGUGCCUGGCCUUCGUGCACGACGAGGUCGGCGUGCUGCACACGGACGUCAAGCCCGAGAACGUGCUGCUCGCGGGCCCGGCGCCCGUCGGCCGCGUCAAGCUCGUGGACCUGGGCACGGCGUUCUACGUCGGGCGGCAGGGCGCGCGCGACAUCCAGACGCGCGAGUACCGGUGCCCCGAGGGCGUCCUGGGGCUCUGGCCCUUCGGGCCGGCGGCGGACGUCUGGAGCGUGGGCUGCCUCGUCUUCGAGCUGCUCACGGGCGAGACGCUCUUCGACCCGCAGUCGCCGCGGCCGGGCGAGCCCUUCAGCAAGGACGAGUCGCACCUGGCGCAGGCCGUCGAGCUGCUCGGGCCCGUGCCCGCCGAGCUCGUGCGGCGCUCGCCGCGCGCCGCGCGCUGGUUCCGCGGCGACGGGUCGGCGCUCCGGAACAUCGCGAUCGCGCCGCCGCCGCCGGGCGUCGACGCCAUCGCGCGCGUGCUCGAGGAGAACUUCGCCUUCGCGCGCCGCGACGCGCGCGACGCGGCCGACUUCCUGCGCGCGCUGCUGAGGUACGAGCCCGACGCGCGCGUCUCGGCGCGGCGCGCGCUCGACCUGCCCUGGCUGGCCGACGGCGGAGACCUCGUCCUGUAAGGGGGGUAUUGUG